AUGGAUAAUGAUGUCACAAGACCCGAUAAAAUGUUCAGUUCUUCUCGUCGCUCUCACCGGAAAACGAGGACGGGGUGCAAUAAUUGUAAGAGGAGAAAGAUUAAGUGUGGCGAAGGAAAGCCUAGCUGCUUGAAUUGUAUCAAGCAUUCAGUACAAUGUGAUUAUUCAAAAGCGGAUGCAGCAACUUCGGCGAAGAAUACACCGCUCUCCUCUCCUGGAUCAUCAACUUCAGUUUCAGCUCCAAAUAAUGUGCUGGGUCGAAUUGUCGAGGGCCAAGACCCCUAUCUGAAUCUUAUGGAUUUGGAGGUCUUCAACAACUUUGUCGUGUCAACAAGCAACUCACUUAACUCCAAUCCUGUGGUAAGAAAGAUAUAUCAAACCACGAUUGUCGAGAUUGCACUUCGGCACGAAUUCGUCAUGCGUGCGCUACUCGCUCUAUCGGCCCUCCACAUGGCUCGCAACAGGCCUGAUCGGAGUCAACAACUUCAUGAGUAUUCAAAGCAGCAACAUGAAGCAGCACUCCGUCAAGGCACUGCGUUCAUUCCUCACAUUACCACUGAGACCUGUGCAGCGCUCCAUGUCUUCUCGAUAUUCACCGGUAUGCACACAUUAGGUCGACCUCGCAGUGUUGAUGAAUUUGUAAUUGUCGGCGAUAAUGGAAUUACCUCAUGGCUUGUGCUAUUUCGCGGUGUAACCGCUAUUAUCGAUCAAUUCAAAGACGCACUUCUAACAGGGCCUUUGAACACCCUGUUCAAAGCCAGAGAAGAAAGAGUCAUGUUACGUCAAACAUACGCAGAUGAUGAAGUUGAACAUCUAGGUCACCUAAGAAUUGCAAUCGAAACCACAGUACCCGAUGAGCAUGAAGUACAAAUAUAUACCGAAGCUAUCCGCGGCUUGGAACUUUCGUAUCAAUUCAUGUACAAGUGUCCAGCUGAGCAAUAUGAGACGGGGGACAUUUUUAUCUGGCUUUUCCGUGUUCCUGAUGAGUACUUGAGUCGUCUAAAUGAUGGUACCCAAGAAGCAUUAGCAAUUCUUGCAUAUUCAGUUGUGUGUUUUAGGAAGCUGGAAAAUCUCUGGUGGAUAGAAGGAUGGAGCAAUCAUUUAAUGGCCAAUAUCUAUCAGUUUUUGGAUGAAGAACACAGACAAUGGGUUCAGGCACCUAUCGAUGAGAUUGGCUGGGUCCCAUAUCAAUGA